UAUCUUUCUCCCAUUCCAUAGGGAAUGAACUGGGCUGUCCUUGCUCCCCACGUCCACCUGCACUUCGUUAGAGAGCAGAGUGUUCACAUGCCGCACCACAAGAUCCCCACAAUGACAUAACUCCAUUCAGAGACUGGCGUGACUGGGCUGGGUCCCCCCCGACUCCCUUCAGCUCUUGUAUCACUAAGAAUCUGGCAGCCAGUUCCGUCCUGACUGAGUUUACAGCAUAUAUUGGUGGAUUUUUGUCCACAGUGCAUCUGCUUUAAGAAUUAACGAAAGCAGUGUCAAGACAGAAAGGAUUCAAAUCAUUUGCCAAAAAUGAAUCUAAGUGCAUUUGCUCUCUUCUUGGCUUUAAUUUGGGGUGCCAGUGGCCAAUACUAUGAUUAUGAUUUCCCCAUGUCAAUUUAUGGGCUCUCGUCACCAAACUGCGCACCCGAAUGUAACUGCCCUGAAAGCUAUCCAUCUGCCAUGUACUGCGAUGGGCUGAAAUUGAAGAGUGUGCCGAUGGUGCCUCCUGGAAUCAAAUACCUUUACCUUAGGAAUAACCAGAUUGACCAUAUUGAUGAAAAGGCCUUUGAGAACGUAACUGAUCUACAGUGGCUCAUUCUAGAUCACAACCUUCUAGAAAACUCCAAGAUAAAAGGGAGAGUUUUCUCUAAAUUGAAACAACUGAAGAAGCUGCAUAUAAAUCACAACAACCUGACAGAGUCUGUGGGCCCGCUUCCCAAAUCUCUGGAGGAUCUGCAGCUUACUCAUAACAAGAUCACAAAGCUGGGCUCCUUUGAAGGACUGGUAAACCUGACCUUCGUCCAUCUUCAACACAAUCAGCUGAAAGAGGAUGCUAUUUCGGCCGCUUUAAGAGGUCUUAAAUCACUGGAGUACCUGGACUUGAGCUUCAAUCAGAUGACCAAACUGCCUUCUGGCCUCCCAGUAUCUCUUCUAACCCUCUACUUAGACAACAAUAAGAUCAGCAACAUCCCUGAUGAGUAUUUCAAGCGCUUUAGUGGGCUGCAGUAUCUGCGUUUAUCUCACAAUGAACUGGCUGAUAGUGGAAUACCUGGAAAUUCCUUUAAUGUAUCAUCCCUGGUUGAGCUGGAUCUCUCCUAUAAUAAACUUAAAAGCAUACCAACUGUCAGUGAAAAUCUUGAAAACUAUUACCUGGAGGUCAAUGAACUUGAAAGUAAGUAG